AUGAAUGGUUUUAGCAUAUUUCUAAUUUUGAAUUCAAAUGUUGAAUCCCACUUAGAAAUAGACGAUAUCUUGGCCUCAGUGCAGCAUGUACAGAGUUACUUGAACUCACAGAACGAGAAGGAGGACCUUAAUGUUAUCAGCCGGUUUGUUAUGGACGACAAGUUCCAGCAAAUCCUUAAGAUCCAUAAUAAGGUCGUCGAAGUAAAGUUGCGAGGCGUCAAAGUGCCAAGACCGACGUCAUUAUCGUCAACAGAGGCCUUUGAGUCAAUAAGUGUGCAGCAUCUGAGUAACGAAGUCUUCAAGGACAUCUCACUCUCCAAUCACUACGCAGCUAGAGAACUUACGAUCCUCUUUAAUCAACCUAACUUCAAAAACGCCAUAAUGACCCACGACAAGAUAAUAGAGUUAGAGGCGGGCGUAACGAAAGAGCAGAUCGACCAGGACAAGGCGUAUCUGUCUGAAAAGGUGCAGCAGUUCGGAGGUGAUGACGACAUCAAGAUUGUUAGGCUCGUUAAGUCGGGUGAUCCCUUGGGUGCCACAGUGAAAAAUGUUGGUGAGAAAGUUGUGAUUGGUCGGAUCGUGAAAGGGGGUGUGGCCGAGAAGAGUGGUCUGUUGCAUGAGGAGGAUGAAAUACUUGAAAUCAACGGUCACGAUGUCAGGGGCAAGACUGUUUCUGAUAUCUAUGACCUCAUGUCGAGACUGGAUGGCAACUUAACAUUCCUCAUUCACCCUGGAGAGGGCUUCAAGCCACACAGCAGUCAAAAACUGAAGACGAUCCACAUUCGAGCCCUCUUCGAUUACGACCCGGAGGAAGACAACUACCUUCCAUGUCGUGACCUCGGCUUCUCCUUCUCCAAAGGUGACGUCAUCCACGUCAUCGAUACGAACGAUUGCAAUUGGUGGCAGGCCUACAGAGACGGUGAGGAUGAUCAGGUUCUCGCCGGUCUCGUCCCGAGUCCUCACUUCCAGCUGCAGAGAGCCGAACUGACGAAGUUGAUAAUGGAGGAUACCGAGGAGAAGAAGAACGAGAGGAAGUGCAAGUGUGUCUCCAAGAGGAAGAAGAGGAAAACAGAAAGCAACGCACCGAGCGAGUUUUUAACGUACGAGGAGGUGGAUUUGUUGGAACCCGACCCCUCCUUCAAACGACCCAUCGUUCUCAUUGGGCCCCGUGAUGUGGGCAGGCAGGAGCUGAGGCAGAGGCUGAUGGAAUCUGAUUUCGAUAAGUUCGCUCCGGCAAUUCCUCACACCAGCCGACCGAUGAAGAACGGCGAGAUCAAUCACGUGGACUUCCAUUUUAUCAGCAAGCAGGAAUUUGAAGAGGAAAUAUCCAACAACAAAUUUGUGGAGUACGGCGAGUAUGAGAAGCAUCACUUCGGAACGACCUUUGACGCCAUCAGGACUGUCAUUCAAGAGAACAAGACAUGCGUUCUAAUCUUCCACCCACAGGCCAUGAAAACUUUGCGUGAGUCUGACUUGAGACCGUACUUUAUCUUCAUAAUGCCACAAAAUAUUGAAAGUUUACGGCAGAUGAAGGCCAAGCAAAAUGUCAAGUUCAACGAUGAGUCAUUGAAGAAGAUUAUAGAAGAGGGUCGUGAGAUAGACGAGCAGUACAGUCACAUGUUCGAUUCCAUCAUCGUCAUCACCGACCUCGAUCGUGCCUUCAACGAACUCCGGCAUACCAUCCAUCAGAUGAACAACACUGCACAAUGGGUGCCCAAGAACUGGCUUUCUUCUUGA